UUGCUGAGAGAGCGAGCGAGAUUGUUGAUUGCGUCUUUGCGAGCGCUGGACGGGGCCAACUGCCACAGAUUGGGAUUCCAACGAAUAAGGCAACUGGCAUUGAACUGCAAUUUACUACAGCACAGGUUGGGAUCCCAAUUUGCCGUUUUGUCAGAAGGAGUCUGAAGAUUCUGCUUUUGGGAGGACUGGCAGUGGUGCACAGUGGAUUUCUGAAGAAGAAUGGCUGCUGAGAAGAGCGAAAGACCGCAGAGCCGGCCGGCGCCGAUGGGAGGCAAGCGGGACGACGGCGAAGAGGAAGCUUUUCCCAGAGGUGGCGGUGAUGGGUUGACCCCUUUUGAGAGGAAGAAGGCUCGUUUAGAAGCGGAAUUGGAAGUGCAGGGCAGGGUGAAAAAGGCUGGCGGCAAACGGAAAGGCACAGGGAAAUCCGUCAGCUUGCUGGACUUCGACGAUGACGAUGAUGAAGGAGAGCUCACCGCCAAGCUGCUUGGAAAGCAGAAGAACAGAGUGGGAUCGCUGACAUUCAAGACGUUGCAGGAGGGAACCAAAAUCUGGGGGGCAGUUGAGGAGAUCAAUGAGAAGGACAUGACAGUCAGCCUCCCAUGUGGUCUCCGAGCGUUUGUGAGCAAAGCAGAGGCCUCUGACGUUCUCGCGGAGAUGAUGGCGCAAUCUGCUGCCGGGGAGCUCUCCGAGAAAGGCUCGCGAAAACGCAAAAAACUGGAAGGCAAGAAGAGGAAAGCAAAAGCAAAGCUGGCAAAGUCCGAACAAGGUGCUGCGAAGGAGGAGGGUGCAGAUGGCAAUGGGGAGGGGAGGGGGGAGGAGGAGGAGGGUAUUGCAGAUGAGAAUGAGGAGGGACCCAACGAUGUUGCAUCGUUGAAGGACCUGUUUUUUAUAGGUCAGCUUGUAUGCUGUACGGUUUCCUCUCUUCGGAGGGUUGAGGGGAGAAAGAAGACAUACAAACGCAUCGAGGCGUCCCUGCGUUUGAAGAAGCUGUACGACGACCUAAGUAUCAACUCUGUUCACGAGGGCAUGCUCUUGCAUGCUUGUGUGAGCAGUAUUGAAGACCAUGGCUUUCUGCUGACCUUCGGCGAAGGAGCCAAGCUGUCAGGUUUCCUUCUCAGAAAGGACCACACCAAAGAAGAUGGCUCCCCUGGCGCUGAGCUAAGGAGAGGGCAGUUUAUCCAGUGUGUGGUGUUGUCUGUCGACAAGCAACGCCGGUCGGUUCUUGUCAAAUCCGACCCUGCUGUCGUGUUGUCGGCCUUGGUGAGAGAGCAGGACGAAGUGACCGUGGGAUCUCUUUUCCCUGGAAUGCUGGUCAAUGCGAAAGUCACCGCUGUGCUGGAGGAUGGUCUGCAGGUUUCCUUUCUCACCUACUUCACUGGUACCGUGGAUAGGUUCCACUUAGCGGAGGAACUACCCGGGACCGACUGGGCGAAAGAGUACUCGGUGAAUCAGAGAGUGCGUGCCAGAAUCUUGUACAUCGAUCCCACCAGUAAGCACAUCGGUCUGAGCUUGAACAAGCAACUUGUGGCCGGCAGUGUUCCCACGCUGCACGUUUCUGUCGGGCAGGUUUUCCGGAAAGCUGUGGUUCAAAGAGUGGAGCGAGACGUCGGGUUGUUGCUGGAGCUUGUCUCGAAGCCAAAGCGAGCAGUAGGGUUUGUCCAUGUGUCAAAUGUGUCCGAUGAUCGGAUCGAUAAUCUUCAAGUUAAAUACCAAGUGGGGAGCGUGGUCGCUGCCCGAGCGAUUGGCGUUCGAUGGAUGGAUGGAAUUGUUAAUGCGUCGAUGAAGAAGUCCGUGGUCGAGAAGAAUCUUAUGAUGUACUCUGAAGUGAGGCCUGGGAUGGUUAUACAAGGAACUGUCGUGGCUGUCGAGUACUUUGGCGUUCUCCUUGAGUUGUCACAGCACGUUCGAGCCAUUUGCCCCUCAGAACAUCUGUCGGAGGUGCGGUUGAGCAGGCCGUCAGCGAAAUUCAAGGUCGGCAUGAAGAUGACCUGCCGCGUCCUGACUUGCAAUCCGGAGCAGAAGAAGGUGGAGGUCACGUACAAAAAGUCAAUGGUGAACUCGAAGCUUCCGAUCAUCGCAAGCGGUGAAGAUGCUGAAGAGGGAACCGUUUCACACGGAUUUGUCUCGGGUGUCACCGACUAUGGAGUGUUUGUAACUUUCUAUAAUAACGUAAAAGGACUAGUCCACAAGAGCAAUCUGGGUAUCGAUGCGAGGAGCCUGCCCGAGGAAUGCUUUAAGAAUGGGCAGGUUGUGAAGGCUGUGGUUUUGAGUAGGGACGAUAGCGGUCGCAUUCAGCUGAGCUUCCUUACAUCUCAAAGCCUAAUUCGUGCGAAGAUGAUGGAAGACAACUGGUUGGAGGCAGGCACCGUCGUCACCGGGGUCAUCGCCGAUGUCACAGAGUUCUCAUUUCUGGUUGACAUCAUCCGCCAAGAUGGUGGCAUCUCUGGCUGGAGGGGGGUUCUGCGCUUUGAGCAUCUUGCAGAUCAUGCAGAGCAUGUUAAUCCCUUGCGGCAGUUGUUGAAGAAAGGCGUGAGUUUGGAGGAGUUGCUGGUUCUAGGGAAGGACCCGAAGAAGCGUCUUGCGGAGCUGUCUGCAAAGCACGCCCUUGUCUCCUCAGCGAACUCGCUUGUGAAAUGCCGAUCGGAACUUCAGUUGAACACCUUUUGCCAGGGUUAUGUGAAGAACAUUACGUCAGUGGGGGUCUUUGUCUGCUUUCUGAAUCACAUAACGGGGCUGGCGCGCAUGAGUUUGCUUGCCGAUACGUUUGUGACUGAUCCGGAGCAACACUAUCAGGAGGGGCAAACGGUACGUGCGCAAUUUGUCGAGUUCGACGAGGAGAGGGGUCGAAUCAAACUCAACCUCAAGCCUUCUGUGUGUCCAUCCGUCGAUGCCUCCUUGCUCCGAGCAUACUUUAUCGAGCAGGCAAAGAUAGCUGAGCUGACUGUGAGAGCUGGAGGCAAUGGUGACCUCUCGCUCCUGAAGACCUUCCCGAUCGGCAGUUUGGUGGAUGGAGUUAUCGAAGAGAAGAAAGAAUAUGGCAUCAUUGUGAAUCUCCCACAGCAUGAGGAGGUGGUCGGAUUCUUGACGCACUUCCAAGCGGUGAGUGAUGUGAGAAUUGGCCAGAAGGUGAAAGCGCGUGUGUUGGAUGUCACGGUGGUCGAUAACAUUGUGGACCUGAGCCUAAGAAACACCACUGCUGCGAGUGGCGGCGACACCGAUAAGGUUCAGAAGAAGAAGAAAAGGAAGAAGGAUGAGGAACUCGCCUCUGCGCAGGAGUCAAAUGCUAGGGCAGCUCCAAAACUGUUUGAAGUUGUGAAGGUGGAAGUCGAGCUCGUUAAGAACGAGUACCUCGUCGUUUCUCUGCCUAACCAUGGUGGCGCUAUCGGAUUCGCUGCCACCCACGAUUACAAUCUGCGGAAUGUGGAUGCCCAUGAAGUUUUCUGGCCGGGGCAGAGAUUCAAAGCUAUCGUCCAAAGCCUUGCGGAUGAGCGGUCGGGCGGCCGGAUGCUUCUGCUCUUGACACCAAGCGUUCUUCGAGAGGUUGUGCAAGGCAUCGGCGACGCCAGAAAGAAGGAAGCAGCGAUAGAAGCGGCGGCAGAAAAGAAGCGAUCUUCUUAUUCUGUGGAUCAGAUUGUCGAAGCAAAGGUUACCAAUAUUUCAAACUCCUUCAUGUUAUGCAAAGUGGAUAAAGGCGUCUUUGCCGACAUCCAUAUCACACAGGUGCGGGACGAAUAUGGUGACGGCGAAAAUCCGCUGAGCGCAUACGCAGUUGGGCAAACGGUUAGAGGGCGCGUUUUGAAAGUAAAGGAGGUUGCGUUGAAGAAAGGAGAGAAGCAGAAGAAGGGCAAGAAAGGGUUCCGGAAGAUGGAGCUUACUCUUUCUCUGCGCGAUUCCGAUGUCAACCGUACAGGUGGCAGCGAUCGUGUCAGCAAUCUCCCGGAAGCUCUGGAUGAUGUGCAAGCGGAUAGAGUGCUGAUCGGGUACGUGGAGAGAAUUGUGGACAAGUGGGCUUGGUUGGUCGUCUCGCCGAAAGUGGUCGGUGCACUGCAUAAGAUGGAGUCGUCGGUGAAGCUUGAAGAGAUUGAUAGUUUCCCGGACAAGUUCACGGUCGGAAAGUCGGUGAAAGUACGCGUCCUCGAAAUUGAUCACGAGCGUAGCUGUCUCACUUUGACAGCCCGAGGAGCGGAUGGCCCCUGGCAAAAGGGAGCGGAGAUCGUAGGGCACGGCUUCCGCAAAGGCGAGGUGGUGUUUGGGGAGGUCGUCAGAGUGAGCAGCGACAAACUAAUUGUCCGGAUGCCGAGGAAGGGAUACGGCUGUGUAGAUAUCACAGAGCUGGAUGACGAUUGGAGAGACUCGCCCUUGCAGGGAUUCCAAGAGAAUCAGAUUGUGCAGUGUGUUGUUCUUGGGAUGGACGAAAUGGACAGAAAGGAAGAUGACAGUCAAUACCUGGCACUCUCACUACGGCCUUCUCUAGGAGGAUGUGGUGGGAAGCAGGCGAAGCUGCACCGCACCACCAAAGUGUCCUAUCAUGUUCCGCGGAUCGAGUCGGUUAACGAUGUCAAGAUUGGCCAGGAGGUUUGGUGCGUGGUCAAAUCACCCUUCGGCCGAAAUGGCUGCUGGGCUCACCUUGCAAGGAAUAUCAAUGCGCACGUGCAACCGGCGACAGCCGAUCAAGAGAGAGAUAGUGCCGUAUUCCCGAUCGGGAAAGUUGUCAAAGCAAGAGUGAAGUCCAUCAACCUGUCUGCCAACGAAGUGGAAGUGGAAAGCGUGAGGCUCCCUCCAUCAGCCGGCGGCAAAUCUGAAGCGGGUGCGAGGAGCCGAGGUGGUGGUAAAGAGGAGAGGCCCAAGGUUGACGCCUUCGUAGUGGGGCAGCUUGUGACAGGCUCAGUGCAGAAGAUUGACACUUUCGGUGUUUUUGUUAAACUAGACGGGAUCAAUGUGGUCGCUCUCUGCCAUAUAUCACAAAUCCGCGAUGAAUUCAUUAAAGACUUGCGGGAACAAUACAAGGUUGGCGAUCGCGUCCGUGCAACGGUCACUAAGCUGGAGGUUGAGAAAGGGCGCUUGUCCCUUGGGAUGCUGGAAAAAGAUGAGCAUGCUACUACAAACAUGGAGGUGGUGGAGAGUGUUAAGACGAAGGGGACUGCCAACGGUGUGAGCAUGGACGUCGAGGAGGAGGAGGAGGAUUCAGAGGGUUCCGACGAGAUGGAAACUGAUAAUGACCAGGAUGAGCAAGGCAGUGAUGAAGAAGGUGAUUCGACAGAUGAUGAUAACAGGGUCGUGCGAACGGUGAACAAGCGUGCUCCGGAUGCAAAAACCACAGGAAACGGCGAGGAGACUGCCACAGUCGCACCGUUGGAUGUCGACGACUUUGGUGUACGGGGAGAUGAAAAGGCAGCUGCUAGUGAUGGGGAGGAGGCAAUGAGUGAGGAAGACGACGAUGAGAAAACGGAAGACGGUGGUGCGGUUAGCAAGAAGAAGAGCCAACGAGCAAAGCGCAAGGCCAAGGAGGCACAGGAGGCAGCUAUCCAAGAAGCAGAGAGAAAGCGAUUAGAGGGAGAAGGUGCUCCACAGAACGUGGACGAGUUCGAGCAGCUGGUCCGGUCGUCGCCGAACAGCAGCUUUGUGUGGAUCAAAUACAUGGCACACAUGAUCACUCUUGGGGAAUACGACAAGGCCAGGGCAAUCGCGGAGAGGGCCUUGAAGGCGAUCAACUAUCGCGAAGAGGGGGAAAAGAUGAAUCUGUGGGUCGCGUAUCUGAACCUGGAGAAUAUGUAUGGAAAUCCUCCCAAGGAGGCUGUACUUAAGCUGUUCCAGCGAGCCUUGAUGUACACGGACCAGAAGAAGCUGUAUAUGGCACUGAUCGGCAUCUACGAGCGCACGGAGCAAUGGGAGAUGACCGAUCAAAUCUUUAAGACGAUGACGAAGAAAUUCAACACCAGCGCGAAGGUCUGGGUGCGCAACGUCACUUGUUUGCUGAAGCGCGGAAUGGGCGACGCUGCAAGAGCAGUGCUGGAGCGGUCGCUCUUGAGCCUGCCUAAACGCAAGCACAUCAAAAUGAUAUCGAGGGUGGCGCUCCUGGAGUUUAAGAUGGGCUCUGCAGAGAGAGGGCGGGCGAUGAUGGAGGGGAUUCUAAAGAAUUUCCCGAAGAGAGUAGAUCUCUGGAGCGUUUACCUUGAUCAGGAAAUCAAGCAGGGUGAUAAAGGGGUUGUGCGGGCCCUGUUCGAGAGGGUCAUCUGUUUGGAUCUGCCUCCCAAGAGAAUGAAGUUCUUGUUCAAGAAGUACCUCGACUUCGAGCGAAACCAUGGCACUUCGGAGGGAGUGGAGCAUGUAAAGGCGAAGGCGAUGGCUUACGUAGAGAACAAAAUAGGCUUGUGACAGAACACGCAGUUGCUGUCCUCUUUUGUUUUUCCUUCUUUUUUUUUUUUCGCUCACCUCUCUUUUCUUUUCCUUUUCUCUCUCCACCCCCCCCCCUUUCCUUCCCCGGUUCUUUGCACUUUCUUUCCUAAACUGGUAGGAUGUGGAGUAGAGUGGUGAUUGUACUCCUGCAGCAGCUUGUUCUUUCCGUUUGCAGUGCGGGAAACUUAAGCUGCGGCCUGAGAGAUCUUUCAAUUUGGGGGUACCCUGGUGGAGUACAGUGGUGAUUGUACUCCUCCAGCAGCUUGUUCUUUCCGUUUGCAACGCUAGGAACUUAAGUUGCGGGCCGAGAGAUUGAAUUUGGGUUGCAGAGUUAUGUAACAUGUUGAGGAGGGAGUUGGUGCGUGAGCGAGCAAGUCGAAUUGUGUAGUUGUGGUGUGUGGUGAUGUCACCAUGCACCGAAGUUUUGUCUCGUGGGUUGCGACCGAAUACAUGGUGGUUGUCCUUUUCUGUUGUUUCCCCUCUUAUUCUUUUCCUUUCCUCUUUUGGUUGUUUCUGCUUUCCUUCCUGGACUGUUAGGAUUCGGAGUAUAGCGGUGAUCGCACUUUGCCACGAUACGAUUGAACGAGAACCAAACGGACGCAGGAAAUGAUGGAGGAGGUCCUUUGCUAGAGAAGCUUGUUCUUUUUCAUUCGCAAUGUGGGGAGCUUGAGUUGUGGCCUUGAGAAUCAGUAGAGAUUGAACUUGGGAGGCAAGAGUUAUGUAACAUGUAGAGGAGGAGGGAGGCAGGGUGUGAGUGAGCAAGUUGAAGCAAGUUGAGUUGUAGUUGCGGUGUAUGGCGAUUUCACCAUCACCGAAAGCAUUGCCGUGUCUAGACAAUAUAACAACGGUCAGUGGGCCGCAGGGUUUUGCUGCGCGCCGAUGGCUGUGGUUUUCCUGCUGUUUUGGCCGUCGGAUCUUGAUUUUGUCGGUGGUGAUUAUUGCAGAUGGUGAUUUUAUCAAUUUCUCUCCCACGCCUAAUUGCGCGCCACGUUG